UCCCCUCACUGGGAGAAUGCCCGUGUUGUACUGACAGAAACGUUACGGGCGCAUCAGACAUGGAGGCCCGAUUAACGGGCAGAAGCCCAUUCACACGCCUUUAAAAACACGACCCUUCUCCGGUCCCUGGACAGCGGAAGCCUGGGGACAUUUCGGAACGUUACGGCAGUUUACAGAAGGAACCAUGUUGGAACUGAUGAAGGGAAGAUUUGGAUCCUAAAUGAUGUGAAAGCUCGUUUUGGCCUCUAAAUAAACCACGGUCAGAGACUAGUCUUCAGGCUUGGCAGUGUUCAUAGAGAAACAAUGGUUUCACACGUGCAUCGUCUGUUGGAGCAUCUCUCUGCUUUGUGACUACAUCUGAACAAUACGUCCAAAGAAAUCUUCUGCUUCGUGAACGUCAGUAGAAAGCAGGAAGUUUGAAGGUGACGAGGGCUGGCAGCCAGGAAAGGACGCCAUUGCUUCAAACCAACAACUCUUAUUAUAUCCCAUCUGCCACCUCCAGCUGGAUUCUGCAGCCCCCGGGAUUGUACUUCUUGCGAGCACAUACUGCUCAGCCCUUCCCUGUUUCUCAUAUCAUCAAUGGAUCAGAGGACACAAGGAGGGCCCACCACACCACCUCCUCUCCCUGCAAAUGCCUUACAAGUCGAGUGCGAGAAGGACGGAGGAGGUGGGAAGAAAGACGAUGAAGAUGAAAAAAAGAAGCGGGAGAAGGAAAGAGAUUCGGUGCCGGCUGCGUCCUGCAACUCGGCGAGUGCUGGCGACCAACAGCAGCAGCAGUCUCCACAGUUCUCAGUCAAAGAGACCAGCUACUCAGAGGGCAACGUCAAACUUAAGAUAGGCCUCCAGGCCAAACGAAUGAAGAAGCCCCCUAAAAUCCUUGAGAACUACGUCUGUCGGCCAGCAUUCAGAGCAACGGUUAGACACGGCAGCCGAGGUGGAGGACGAGGCAAUCGUCGUGUGGGACCUUCUGAUGACAGUGGAAACGCCCUGAGUUUGCAGAAAGAUGCCGAAAAGGACCCCACUGGUAACCCAGGAGUGCCUCUGUCGUCAGGUGUUUUAUCCAAUAAUGCAUCUGCAACUUCUCUUCCUACUUCUUCUUCCACCAGCCCUGAAACUCCUGUGAAUGGGAAUGCCCCAUCUAAAAGAGGUCCUCCAAAGCUGGCUUGCAAGUCUGAAGGAAAGACAGAUGUGAAAUCCAUUGCUUCUUCAGAAAAAUCCAUUAACAGUCACUGCCCUGUAUUAGACAGCAAAUCACACUCCUUUGGAAAAAAGAGCCUUGUACCCCAAAACAACUCACCAACCCCUUCACUACUAACUCCUUCCCCCAGUUCAUCUCCACAUGAACCCAAAAUUGACGGAAUCACAAAACCACCUCAGUAUACUUACUCCUCAGAUAGCCAGAGGGAACAAGAAAGAGGAGCACCAAAUUGGGGUACUCCUACAGUCACUGAGAAACUUGCGCAGCUUAUAGCCACCUGCCCACCUACUAAGUGUCCUAAGCCCAAAGCCCGAAAAGUAACUCCAGCUCCAGCACACAGCAGCUCUCCACCCCUGAUCUCAAAUUUGCAGCGGCCUGAGCGGGCUAUGGCCAACAGGAACACGUAUUCCAGAGUAGCACAUCUUGCCCCUGCUCCACCUGUUUCACGGCCCCCAGGUCGUCCAUAUGGCUCCCGAAACAAAGACAGUAUCCUGGAGAAGUUAUCUGGCAUGCCAAGAAAAGAGGAACCAAGUGGACUUUCAAAAGAGAUUACAGGUAGCAACGGUAACUGCAGCAACCACAUUUCUGCGGCAUCAUAUAUCAACAGUUGUUUAACAACCCAUAACGAUGGCAUUGACGAUGAUAAUAGCAAUGGAAUAAAAUCAGUGUCUCGUCUUGGACCACAUUCAUCCACACCACCUCUUUUCUCCUCUUCCAUAGAGAGAAUAGGGAGUGGUAUCUGCCACCAGGUGAUGCCUGCGUCACUUGGGUCAAGGAUCACUGCAAGCCCCUCACAAACAGAGGAACCCAUCGAUGGAGAGAAAGAGUGGGACAAGGACAUUUUCAAUGUCAGAGAAAUGAGUAAAGGCCCCUCCCCAGCAGUGUUAGGGAAGCAAGACACUAAAGAAAAGGGGCCCUUCUCUGUAUUUCGAGGGGAGAGGGGGAAGAGCUUAAGUCCAGCUAAACGAAGUCCUGCACAAGAAAGUCAUGCUUAUGGAGAACUAAGUCCUGCAGAGUCCACAAAACACACUUCUUCUCCUUCUUUUCCUACCGGUACUAGUAGCAGCUUCUCACAACUUUGUGAUGACCAUGACCCUGCAUCACCUGGAUCACCAGCAGAACAGGAGUCUAAGCCUCUUAAAAAGCGGCGGGGUCGAAGACCUCGCUGGACUAAAGUAGUCAGUCGCGCACACAGAGCGAUAGAUGAUGUUUCUCCUUGUCAAACCAAAUCCACCACACUGCCUACCGACCCUACAUCCUCCCAACCCAUACGUCGGCCUGUGGGAAGGCCACCCAAUGCUAAUCGUAUGCUUCCUGUCUCAGAGCUCUAUUUGCCACCACCCAAGAAAAGGGGCCGGCCUAAGUCAAAAAUGCCAACAUUGGAUGCACCUACACGUGGUCGUUUGCCUCCCAAAGUGACUCCACCGAAAGUAUACUUAAUGUCCAAAGAGGAGCAGGAUCCCCCUGUAUUGCACCCAGAGGUGGACCUGAAUCCUCCUAAACCCAUGCCACGAAAGAGAGGAAGACCAAAACGCUUACCUCCAACACUACCACAGGAGACGCAGCCUCCAACACUUGCUCCGGAGCCAGGGGAUACUGUGGCAGGCGACAAGGGCUUUCACAACAAAGGCAAUGGGCAGCUUAUAAUGAAAACGAUUAUAGGCAAGAUCAACAAGAUGAAGACUGUAAAGCGGAAGCGGUUUCUCAGCCAGAUCCUGUUAGGGUCAGGAUCAGCAACUGAGCCAGAGGUCACUAAAAGUACAGGCAUGGCAGGGACCGCAGCUUCUGCUUCUCAAUCUCUCUCAACUCUUGCUGCAACCUUUGGUGGCAAACUUGGACCUCAAAUCAAUGUAAGUAAAAAAGGGACAAUAUACAUGGGUAAAAGAAGGGGUCGCAAGCCAAAAGCACCAGCCAACAAUUCACCAGGUGCCCCUACACCACCACCUGAACCUUUUUUGACACCAAACACUUCUUCCCCACACCAUUCACAUCAGUCUUUGGCUUCACAAAACCAGCACAACCAGAUUCCUCCCUCUGACAUUUUCCCCUCCCCUUCACUUUCCCAGUCUAGUGGUGGACAAAGCCCCAUCAGUGAUGCUAGUUUUGUGGAGCCUGGGUCAGUCCACUCACAUUGUAGCCAUCACUCAUUUCCCUUUACCCCACCAACUCUUUCAGCACCCUCCCCACGUUCUUUGGGAGGUUCCACGUCUUCACACUGCUCUCAGAAGAAGCCUUCUUGCAGAGGUCACCACCAUCAUCACCACCACCACUACAGACCGCUUUAUCAUUGUCGCAAGCUCUCACCUCCCAGGCCAAUACUUCCUACAUCCCCUGCUCCUCUUAGUGAGCUUAAAGAGGCUACACCUUCCCCAGUGAGUGAGUCUCACAGUGAGGAGACUGUGCCCAGUGACAGUGGCAUAGGAACAGACAACAACAGUACAUCUGAUCGUGGGGAGAAGGCUGGGAGUGCUAGUGGGUUAGCUGGGUUAGGUGUCUCACAGAGUAUGACCAAUGGACUACUAAUGCCUGGAAUUAUGGGGUCUUCAGUGGGUAUUGGGCUAGGGCAUAACCUCAGAGGCAGCAGGAGACAUUCAUCUACUGUACUACUUGAUUGUUCUUCCCCCACGCCAUCCCCACUUGGGGAAAGGUCAUCAGCGGAUCCACGGCGACCACACCCAUUGGCUUCUGCUUCAGCACUAGUGGGCCACAAAGAAAAACAUAAGCAUAAGUGCAAACGGCGUGGCCAUGGAUGCCCAGGCUAUGAUAAGUUGAAAAGGCAGAAACGCAAACGCAAGAAGAAGUACCUGCAGCUACGUUCACGGAGACAGGAUCCUGAUUUCCUGGCUGAGCUUGAUGAGAUUUGUGUGCGGCUUUGUGGAAUACGAAUUUCCCACCGGACACCAACUCUUCGUCUGGGCAGCAGUCUGGGUCUUGGUACAGGAACAGCUGGCACAAGUCAUGGGGCUGGUUUGGCUGGUACCAGAGCAGGCAGUAGCAUUGGCACUAACCCCACACCUCAUCAUUACCUUCAUAGAGACCUUUUACCAACAAUUUUUAGGAUCAACUUUAGUGGGUACUACUCGCCCCACCCAGCCUACCCAUGUGAUCCCCUGCACUAUGUCCGUAAGCCUGAUCUCAAGAAAAAGCGUGGGAGGCCCCCAAAACUUCGAGAGUCAAUGUCAGAGGUGCCUUUUGUCCCCGGGCUAGGGUUUCCCCUUACCAGUGGAGGGUUUUAUCACCCUUCUUAUGGUGUUCCGUACUCCUCAGCCCCUCUUGGACUUGGUUAUUAUCGGGGCUAUCCCCCAGCCAGUGCACUGUACCCUCAUCCUCACCACCAGGCUACACAUUCUGCCCCAUCUCACCAUGGUCACCAUAGUCCUUCCUUCCCUCCACCUCCUCCUCCUUCAUAUGUUCAUCAUCAUCAUCACCCUCCACAUCUGCUUCUCAACCCUUCUAAGUUCCACAAGAAAAAACAUAAGCUUCUACGACAAGAAUAUCUCAGUGGGGGACGUUCAGCAGUGCUGUACCCUCCUAUGUCUUCUGAACUGUCAUUUAGCUGGCACCAUAAACACAAGCACAGACAUAAACAUCGUGACCGCUGUGGAGAGGAAGAGGGAGAUGAUGGUGGAGGGGGUGGUGGUGGUGGUGGAGGAGGAGGAGGAGGGAGAAAUGUAGGUGAAGGCAUGGUAGCUGGAAGAGGGGAGCGGGGGAGAAGAGGUGGAAGCAUGGAAUCACUCAAGCAUUGUGGAUAUGGUCCAGAUGGCUCAGCUGAAUCCAAUGCUGGCAAGCAGGCAGCUGCCACCUCUGGCAACUCCCCUUCCUCCUCCUCAUCAUCUUCAGCAGAAAGGUACAAGCAGAAAGAAGCCUCUAUGUCUUGUCUGGUCCCUUCAAGACUAUCUUUGGGCCAAGGGAGUCGGGGGCACCAUGCUGCAGACUCUUGGUUUAGGAUUGGCAGCUAUGAUGUUGAUUACUCCAAACUCUCCCAUAAUCAGACUCUUGGGCAGGGGCCGUUCUCAGAUGGCCAUGUGCAUAACUCUGUGGGUUGCUCAGACAGUGAGGAUGAAGAUCACAAUUCUCCAAAUGAGGAACAGGAAUCAGGCUCCCACCACACCAACCUUUUUGCUUCAGCCCUUACUCGGACUUCUCUUAGAUGUAAUCAAGGCAGGAAAGCUGGGAGUUCAGAGGGCUCAAGUCUGACACGUUUGGACAAAUCACUGAGGAAAGAUCUGUCCACAUCUGCUGAAAGGAGAGAAUCAGGAGCCUGUGGUAUACAGACACGAUACAGUCAGUUUAGCACACCUGAUUUUUCGGAGGUUCCUCCCCAUCGACAUCAUCACCAUACGCCUCUGUCUGUCUCCCACUCGUCCUCCUGUGUCUCUGCCUGUGGCAUGGAGCAGCCAGGGGGAAGUCCAUCUGCACGCUCUUUACAGCCUGCAUGCUGCUUGGACUCCACCCCCUCUCGUCCUUGCCAACGUUCAGCCCCACCUCCUCCCAAAAACACCUUGCAUCAUGUCAACAAAAUCCUCCGGGCCAAGAAGCUACAGAGGCAGGCGCGCACAGGAAAUAACAUGGUUAAGAAAAGGGGACCAGGGCGGCCUCGCAAGAAUCCUUUACCCUCGUUGUCAUCAUUGCCUCCAAUGUCACCUCCACCACCAGAGCCUGAACCAGAGAAGCAUAGUAAGGAAUGGGAGGAAGACACUGUUACAGAUGCUAUCGAGUCUGUUAUACAGAGGCAAAAACGAAAGGGCCGAAAGAGGAAGCGCUGGGAUAGGGACAGGGAUGAAAAUGGAGAGGAUGAGGAUGAGACAGUGCAUGAGAGAGAGGAAGAAGAAGAGGAGGAGGAGGAGGAGGAAGCAAGGCCAGAGGCUAGAGAGGAGGAGCCGGUGACACAGGGACAUCCGACAGGAGGGAAAGGAUGGAUGGCACAUGAGGAGAUACAAAGCUUUCCAAGUGCUGUGGAAGGAAAAUCUGAUGGCCACUCCUCCCCUGAACGCACAGGUCCAGCCCCUGUGGUACAAGCUCCACCCACAUCAGUGACGACCCAAAGGGAGAAAAAAGCUGCUAGGCCACCCAAGAAAAAAUUUCAGAAGGCUGGCCUUUAUUCUGAUGUGUACAAGUCAGAUGAUCCUCGUGGUCAGCUGUUACAGCUAAAAAAAGAAAAGUUGGAGUAUAUUCCGGGUGAACAUGAGUAUGGCCUGCUCCCUGCACCCAUUCAUGUUGGGAAGUACUUGAGACAGAAGCGCAUAGACUUCCAAUUGCCUUAUGACAUCUUGUGGCUUUGGAAACACGACCAGCUGCAUAAGAGACCAGAUGUCCCUCUCUACAAGAAAAUAAGAUCCAAUGUAUAUGUUGACGUAAAGCCACUGUCAGGCUACGAAGCCACUACCUGUAACUGCAGGUUUCCUGAGGACUUCAGUGCAAAGGGCUGCAUGGAUGAAUGCCUAAACAGGAUGAUGUUUGCUGAGUGCUCCUCUAGCACUUGUCCAUGUGGAGACCAAUGCGAUAAUCAGCGAAUCCAGAGGCACGAGUGGGUUCAGUGUCUGGAGCGUUUCAGGACAGAAGGAAAGGGCUGGGGCAUUCGCAUUAAAGAGCCACUACGUGCUGGCCAGUUCAUCAUUGAAUACCUUGGAGAGGUGGUCAGCGAGCAGGAGUUCAGGAGUCGAAUGAUGGAGCAGUAUUUCUCACACAGCGGUCAGUACUGUCUAAAUCUGGAUAGCGGUAUGGUGAUUGACAGCUACCGCAUGGGAAAUGAGGCGCGCUUCAUCAACCACAGCUGUGAGCCCAACUGUGAGAUGCAGAAAUGGUCAGUGAAUGGGGUGUACAGGAUUGGACUGUUUGCUCUGAAAGACAUGGACAGUGGGACAGAGCUCACUUACGACUACAAUUUUCACUCCUUCAACACUGAAGAACAGCAAGUGUGUAAGUGUGGCUCUGAAUGCUGCCGGGGCAUCAUCGGUGGAAAGAGUCAAAGAAUCAACGGCCUUCCGGGUAAAGCGGGAGGAUCCGGAGGCGGAGCACGAAGGCUUGGGAGGCUGAAGGAGAAGCGCAAAUCAAAGCACCACCUUAAAAAACGGGUAAGAGGAUUUAAAACCAAACAUUCACGUAUCAACGCUGGACUCCUUGUAAUAACACGCAUCUGUUUUUGUCCCCAGGAGGAGGAGUCCAGCGAUGGCAGCAAGUUUUUCCAGCACCUUCUGAUGAAGCCAAUGUCUAACAGAGAGAGGAACUUUGUCCUGAAGCACCGAGUAUUUCUGCUGCGCAACUGGGAGAAGAUGAGGGACAAACGUGAGCUGUCCAAGAGGGAGGGAGAGAGGGAUCGAGAGAAGGAGAGCAGCCUAUCGCAGUAUGCCCGGUGGGGAGGUGUCAUUCGUGAUGAUGGCAAUAUCAAAUCAGACGUGUUCCUAACACAGUUCUCAGCAUUACAGACCUCUCGUUCAGUGCGCACGCGCAGACUCGCCGCUGCUGAGGAAAACACCGAAGUGACCCGCACGGCUCGUCUCGCACACAUCUUCAAAGAGAUCUGUGACAUGAUCACCAGCUACAAGGAUUCCUCGGGCCAAACUCUUGCAGCUCCCCUGCUUAAUUUACCAUCUAAAAAGAGGAACAUGCAGUACUAUGAGAAGGUGUCAGAUCCUCUGGACCUCAGUACCAUAGAAAAGCAGAUCCUCACUGGACAUUACAAGACAGUUGAGGCCUUUGACACAGACAUGCUCAAGGUGUUCCGCAAUGCAGAGAAAUACUACGGCCGGAAGUCUACAGUGGGCCGGGACGUGUGCCGGCUGCGUAAGGCGUACUACGGUGCACGACACGAGGCCGCGGUGCAGAUCGAUGAGAUCGUUGGUGAGACGGUUAGUGAGGCAGACAGCUCCGAUUCAAUGGACCGUGACCAUGCUCAUCAUGUCAACAAAGAUGAUGACAUCAUCCGCUGCAUCUGUGGCAUGUACAAGGACGAGGGGCUGAUGAUCCAGUGCGAGAAAUGCAUGGUCUGGCAGCACUGUGACUGCAUGCGUUUGGAGGCUGAGGUAGAGCAUUAUCUUUGUGAGCAGUGUGACCCUCGCCCAGUGGACAGAGAGGUCCCAAUGGUGCCCCAGCCCAGUUACGCACAGUCCGGUUCCAUCUACUAUAUCUGCCUUCUUCGGGAUGAGCUGCUGCUACACCAGGGCGACUGUGUGUACCUAAUGAGAGACAGCAGGCGUACUCCGGAGGGCCAGCCGCUGCGCCAGUCGUAUCGCCUCUUGUCCCAUGUCAACAGAGACAAACUGGAUAUCUUCCGCAUUGAGAAACUUUGGAAAAAUGAAAAGGGAGAGCGGUUUGCUUUUGGUCAUCACUAUUUCCGACCUCACGAGACCCACCACUCGCCCUCGCGCCGCUUCUACCACAACGAGCUGUUUCGAGUGCCGCUCUAUGAGAUCAUCCCUCUGGAAGCAGUGGUGGGAACGUGCUGCGUCCUGGACCUUUACACAUACUGCAAGGGUCGACCCAAAGGUGUGAAGGAGCAGGACGUGUACAUCUGCGACUACCGGUUGGACAAAUCUGCGCACCUUUUUUACAAAAUCCACCGCAACCGUUACCCAGUGUGCACCAAGUCCUACGCCUUCAACCACUUUCCCAAGAGACUUGCACCCAAAAGGGAUUUCUCACCUCACCAUGUUCCUGAUAGCUACAAGAGGAAUGGCGGUCGUUCGGCCUGGAAGAACGAUCGUUCCAAAGGGGGCGUGGCUUGUGACGAAGAGCCAGCCCCUGGAGGGUCAUGUGACCAGCUGUCCUUCACAAGAGAUCCAGAAGGAGGAGUAGGAGGGCAUGCAGUCUGUAACCAUGAGGAGUCUUCCACUACACUGUCCAUUCUAGGGCCACCACAGGAGCAGAGGAGGGCUGGCGAAGAUGAAGACGAGGAGGAGGAUGAAGAGUUAGGAGAGGAGGAAGAGAGGAGGGAGGUUGAGGAAAGUUCCGUGGAGAAAGGAGGAGCUGAGGUGUCCUCGCUCUCGCAUUCACCGCUGCAUCUGUCCGUUUUGGGUCGGAGGAAAGCACAGAGGGAACGACUCAACAAGAUCCUCUUAGACCUCCUGCAUCGGACCCCCAGCAAAAAUGUUAUAGAUGUCACCUAUCUUCUGGAGGAGGGCCCCGGCCGCCGCCUGCGCAGACGCACGCUCGGGCUGAGCGACUUUGUGACCCGGAAGUAACGUCAUCACUGUAGGUGACGAGCAGGCAGCAAAAAAAAAUCAAAUAGAUAAGACAAAGAACAAUAUGCAGGAACAGCAAACGAGGGAUGAAGGUAUGAGAAAGGAGAGACACUUGAGGCUCGAAGGCUCUCCGUUCCAAAACACAAAACAUCUGUCCUCCAUUUUGCUCUAUUUUUCCUAAAUGAAUUAGAGAGUUUCGUGUAUGUGCACAGGACACGAGGACUUAUUAUUUUUUUGUUUUUGUUUUUGCCAGCAAUGCAAGAAUUAUUACUUUGAAACAUUUAAACAGAAAAAAAGUAUGUUGCAAUGACACAUGAACAUAGGAGUACGUACUAUUUAAACCUAUCGCUUAUGAACUGUCACGUAACGGGAUUUCCCGUUUCUAUGACAACAGAGGUCAAUGUUUUUUUUUCUCAAGGUGGUACUACAGACAGAAAGAAUGAGGCCUCUGAGAACAGACUGGGGGAGUUUGGUCAUGCAGUUGGAUAGAAGAAGAAGAAGAAGAGCACGUCUUGGUGAAUAGAAACCCAUAUUUACUGAGAAGUGUGAGGAGGCGCAGCAUAGGAGGCGCAGUGUAGCGCACAUACACUGCCUUGUUGACUGAGAGAGGAGAAGAAGAGAAGAGGAGGAAGAAAGCAAGCGGAGAAAGAGCUAACUGCACUUUUUUCUAACACGGACGUCAUUCGCUCUCGGAGGUGUACACUAACACUCGUCACAGUACUGGAAAGAUACUGUGCAGCAAAAAAAAAAAAGAAACGCAAAACAUAAUUAAAUACAUUAUUGUUUUUUGUUUGUUUGUUGUUCUGUCAUACUGUAAUUAUAUUAGCAUUGGCAAGGGCAGGAUGGAUGGGAAGGGUUUCUUAUUUUGUAAACCUGGAAUAUUGUCAUGUUGGGGCAAGGAGGCAGGGGGAGCUUGCUAUAUUGUGGGUAUUUGGGGUUUUUUUUUUAAAGAAAAAGAAAAGCUCUGAGAUUUUUGUCUGUGAAGUAGUUUGCCCUGUUUUUGAGUGUUCGAUGUACCGGCUCAACAAGAUGUUUAACCACGUGUGAGAGCGUGUGCGCGAAUGUGAGUGAGAGAGCGUGUGCAAGUGAGAGAGUGUGUGCAAGAGCGUGCGAGUGAGUGAGGGCGUGUCAGCGUGUGCGAGUGAGUGAGGGUGCAUCAGCGUGUGAGUGUGUGCAUGAGUGAGGGAACGUCAGCAUGUGCGAGUGAGUGUGCGUGCAAGCUGCCAUGAAUGUAUGUAGCCUGUCAGGAGAAAAUAACUUUUAGGAAAAAUUAAAAUAGCUUUUGAUUGGCAAUUGAUAUAAUGGACAAAUUAACACAUCAAGUGAGAAUUGGUUGGGAGACAGGAGGGGCUUCUGGUGUUCAUUGUCUGGUUUGUUUUUAUCCUAUCUUGGGUUUUUAGAUUGGAAAAAGACUAUUACUUUUUUUUUGUUUUGUUUUGGGUUUUUUUUUGUCUUUUUUUUUCUUCCUUGUUUUUCUUUUCUUUAUCUAUUUUAUCAUUUGGGCCCCAAGCAAAUGUGGGUUGUUUUAGAUAAACUGACAGAAACGACAGAAAGAGAAGGGGUGGGUGGGAUAACUGACAAGAGAGUAGGAAGAUGUAUAUGAUGUGCCAAGCUAUGUAUAUAUAUGCAGACGGGAAUAUGUGAGAGACAUCUCCAAAAAGCAAUAUCUUGAUAAUGGAUUUUUUUUUGUGUAUUGUAUUGUACAGGACUCAACCCUAUAUGUAUUAUUAUUAAUUAUUAUUAAUUAUUAUUAUUAUUAUUACUGCGUUUUUAUUGGCAUAUUUGUUCAUUUAAGCUUCGGGGCUUGAGGAGGAUGUGGGCCGAACGUUAAAACCCAACAACGGAGGAAAGAGAAGCAACUUAUCCAAAUUUUUUUGACGACAUAGGAGGCAGGUGAAACGGACUCGCUGACCCCAGACCUGACAACUGUCAUUGUAAUUAUUAAUUUUAAUGCUAUUAUAAUUAUUAUUACUUUUUAAAGGGGAGGGAAAAAGUACUCCUCUUACUUUUGCUGCAAAGUGUUGAACACUAAAAAAACAAACCAACAUAAAAAUGCUAUUUUGGAAAAUGGCAGAAACAAAACUUAAAAAAAAAAAAAAAAAAAAAAAAAAUAAUCUAUCAGCUGACUAUCAUGUUCUUAAUCUUUUUCUUUUCCCCCAUCAAGAUUUGGGGGGGAAAAUAAACAGCUCCUUUUUUUCUUUCUUUUUUUUUUUCUUUUCUUUUUUGUGAUAAAGGUCAUAAUUCUGAUGCUCGUAUUUCUUGUAUUUGUGUGUUUUUGUGUGAUUUGUUUAGUUAUUUUAGACAAUCACAAAAAUAACAUGCAAGCAUUGUAUAUGGACAGACUGACAGACAUUUUGUGUUGUGUACAGUUUGUCGCAACUUUUUCCACUCUGGUUAAAAGUUUGUAAUUAUGAUUCUAAAGUCAUGAAAAUGCUGUUGGUUUUUACUUUUUUGUUUUAUAUUCUAUUUGUUUUUAUUAUUUUUUGUUUGUUUUUGUUUGUUUGUUUUUUAAUAAAAAGCACUACAUUGUUGUGAAUAUACCUGCCUGUUGCUCUUACAUUUAGCCAAGUGAUAAUUCUUUACUAGGUCAUAACUAUUGAUACUCAAGGUAUACAGUCAAAGCAUAUUUUAAUUGUAUGGAUAGUCAAUUAAUACAUCUGCCAAUAAAGUGAGUUUUAACUAUUGCA